UAACGUCUAAAAAAUUAUACAAUCAUUUCAUUGGCUGAAUGGAAUCUUAACGGAAGGAAAUUUUAAAACGAUCUAAGGCCAUAAACCUUAAGAUGAUACAAAAACAGACCAUAAAUAAUAAACGACUCUACUAUAUAAAUCAGUAGGUGUGUUCAAAUAUUUAACAACAAUCGAACGUGAUUGGUUUCCCUUUGGCAAAUCAGAUUCUCCGUCUAAUAUUUGCGUUUAUGACGACAGGGGGCGCGCAAUCUAUAUAUUUGUUGCUUUAGUGCAACUAUGUAAUUUGAGCUGUGCCUUAGUUUGAAUAUUUCGAAUCGCUGUUGCGCCGUUUCGGUCUUUCGACAAUCUCAGUAAAUCACGCGAAAUUUUUGAUAGAAUUUACAUCGUAGUGAGUUAUCGUAAUCAUAGCAAGGUCAUAGAUUCGUAUACAUAUUUCUUACGAGUGUUAUUGUCAAGUGAAUGCCGCGUACGGGAAAUCGCGAGUGUCUCUCGUAAAGUAUCGGACGAGCGCCAUCAUAUACAUAUUGGAAAGUGCAAUUAAUGCACAAUGUCGUCGUAUAUACGAGGUUAACGCAUGGGAGAAAAUUGAAUCGGCGGGGGAAGGAACGAGAGAGAAAGAGAGAGGGGAGAGAUGACUACACAACGGGGUAAUUCGACUCGAAUGGCGUCCAGGAAAACAAGACAGAAUCACUCGAUACAACAUCUGCUCGAGUUACCUUCAAACCGAGAGUCGAAAUUACCACGAUUUCCCGCGAAGGAGCACACCCAAUCGCCACCGUCCAUGCCAACCCUCCGCCAAGUCCCGGUGACCGUGUUGCAUCCCUCCCCGAAAAAGUUAUACCUGAGCAAAACACGGCAGGCUGCCUUUUCGGCCGAUUUGCAGCAGACUCUCUCACGAACAGUCAGUCCAACCGCACGCCAGCAAGAGCCGUCCCUUGCGAGGCGGGAAUAUCCCCGCCAAAUCAUGAACAAGGUGGACGAUCGAGUCAGGUCUCCGGGAACAUCACGAUGCCUGACCGCUACUACCAUGUCGCUCUCCAUCUCGCCUUCUAGCCCCGAAGAACCUGUUACGCUGGUGGAACUGACCAGCGUGCCAGGCGGACAGAAUGCGAUGGCUCAUCUCAAAAAGCGGAAGCUGGAAGCAGAAUCGGUUACGCAGAAUCCUAAACAGACGCAGCAGCCGUUGCAGCAGCAAUUGUUAAUCAACAAGAAGGGCCUGCAGACGAACACGCCGCAAGAGAUGGAGCCGACUGAUGCCGCCGUGAAGCGAAGGAGGAAAAGUGUUCGCGACGACGACGCACGAAAGACGAUCGACAUCGUUGAUCCUAACAAAAACAUACCGCUGCCCCAAAAGAAACGCGCCUUUGCAUCGGGUAAUUCAGGUAGUCCUGCUAGAAAAUCCAGCAAACACUGCGAAGAACCCGAAGAUGACGAGACUUUAAUAAGAGAAACCGAAGCCGCCCUGAAGAGUUUGUCAGGUAGCUGGCCCGGACCUAGAGGAUCUCUAUAUCAAAGAGGCAAUUCGGACGAAGAUAGAUACGAGUCUAACUUUGAGAAUCUUUUCGAAGAGAAGAAAGAAAAUCCUAAAUUAUCGCCCUCAUCAACAUCUUCGAAUACAAGCAACGAUACUGGUUGUUCAUUGAAGGACGUGAUAACUUUCCGCGGACAACAGGAUCGAUCUGGUAAAAUGCAACAGCAAAAUAGACAAGAUUCGAAACAACAACAACAUCCGAUUAAAACUAAGAAAGACUUGGAUAAUCUUCUGAAGAUAGAGAACGAAUGUGCGAAUAUUCAGUCUCAAGUCAAUAAUGUCAAUCAGAACGAAUUGCCGAAAAUUAGACCGAUUUCCGUUCGAUCAUUAUCGAACAAGGAUAGAAACGAUAGGAACAUGGUGAGUACACAUAUUGACUCUCAAGGAAGACAAUCAGACAAGUAUUCCCGAUACGAUCCGCCAGAUUUCAACGAGUUGGUCGAUGAUUCGUCCAACGAACUUGAAAUCGACAUGUCCGAUCCAACAACUGACAAAGAUGAAAACGAUCGAGAUAAAUCGAACGAUAGAGAGCGAGAUCGAACAUGCAAAAAUGGUCAAUCACCACAGAGUAUUGGCAGACAACAGCAACAGCAUCAUCAACAGCAUCAGGCGCUUUAUUCAAAUUAUCAGAGACAGUACGAGAGCAACAUAAAAGUUUCACCUACGGGAACUCCGUCAUCCUCGUCACCGCCAACGAGUUCGCCAUUCUCAGCAACAUCCGCAUUCAGGCCACCUAACACGGACCAUUCGAAAGUUCCAUGUCGCAGCGCUCCAUCAGUUCCGGUAGCCUCUUCGGCGAUUCCGCCAAUCGGUCCAUAUCCAGCUGCCGCUACAUUUGUGGGAUAUCCAACGCCUGGACCGACGAUGCCAUCACCGCAGCCCGUGGCCGGCAUAUCGCCCGUGUCGGAGGACAAGCAUUCGUCUACGGUGUCUCUGUUGCAGCUUAAAUCCUCGAAAGAAGAGAGUCAUCACGUGACGGCUCACAAUGUAGCCUCCAAUUCUGUGUCUCCCAGCAAGAGCCCUCCUGGCAAUUUACCUGCCGUUACCAGUCCCGAUUCUUCGAAACAGUACACAAUCUUACAACCUGCGGGAGUGGGCUCCAGAGCGGCCAGUGCGAUCCAAGAUAUCACGAGGGAUGGAGUGGUCAGUGUCGCUGCCGUGAGCAGCUGCACCACGGCAAGCAACGGCGGUACGAACAAUGUCAAUGCCGCGAAUGUAAACGGCAACGGAGUCGGCAAUAAAGCAACGACCAACGGCAGUAACAGUGCCAAUGAUAAUGGCAAUACCGCGAAUCCUGCCGGAAAUCCUAAUGCGAACAGCAUCGCCAGCAUAACCAUUACGACGGCAUCAACGACCACUACUACAUCCAGUCCGGCAAUUGCUGCCGAUGUGCCCGCAGCGAGCGGCCAGCAGGACAAUGUCAUGAAAAUGCCAGAGAGACCCGGCACCUUCGAUAGUAGCAGACCGGGAAUGUCCAUGUCUCCGUCCAGUCUCGGCAGAGAGGGCAACAAGUGCCCGACCCCAGGCUGUACGGGGCAGGGUCACGUGACCGGACUCUACUCUCACCACCGCAGCCUUUCUGGAUGUCCACAAAAGGAUAAGUUAACUCCGGAAAUUCUGGCGAUGCAUGAGACUAUAUUGAAAUGCCCGACGCCUGGUUGCAACGGCCGCGGUCAUGUCAGCUCUAAUCGGAACACGCACAGAAGUCUGUCCGGAUGUCCCAUCGCCGCGGCCAAUAAACAGGCCGCACGCGAGGCCCGACAAAAGGCUCAAGUGCCAGGGAUACCUCCAGAGUACAUCAGCACGAAUCUAUUACCGCCAUCAAUGGACACAAAGAGUUAUUCGCAGUACGGCUCCGCAACGCAAGACACGAAGCCCGUACUUAGUAGUUUGACCUACGAUUAUUAUUCAACGACGAAGAACACCGGUAUCAAUGUGAAGCCUCCGAAAACGCCGGAGGACAAUAAUACACCGCGUCCCGCGAAAGUACCCAAGACGGAGAAUAUGACUCUGAGCAGCAGUUGUUGCAAUACAUUAUCCAUGAGGAACCAAAACACGGGUGAGCUGCUAGUCCCGAAGACGGAGGACGCCACGUCAUGUAGAGUAAACUCACCCCCGCCACCACCACCCCCCGCAGUACGACAGACGUACGAUUCUUACAUGAGUCAAGACUCGAAUUCCUCGUCCAUGUCGUCCAUGGACGCGAUGGGCACGAGACCAUCCAUAGGAGCGACGAUUCAUCAUCCCAGCCAGCAUCCGACGCAUCAUGUCCUACCCAUGCAGCCGGUCGCCUAUCCAAUGUCGAUGGUAGAGGACACUAGAAUGAGUCACCAAAUGUCUCAAAGAUCUCCUUACGAACCCACCGCCAUGAUGGCCGCGGCGGCGGCCGCGGCGGCUGCUGCAACCACCACGGAAGAGCUCUAUCAUCAUAGAUCUGCCGAACACGCGAGGGCGUAUAUGCAUCCCGGGGCGAGCAAUAUAGCGCGGCCAGUUGUAACGUAUUCCAAUGAUAUAGCAGCUGGUAGAGGCUACGAGAACGCAGUGGUCACCGCAGCUAAUCAUCGACCCUAUGAUCCCGGUACCACCGCGACUUACGAGAGAUACGAUACGCAAUCGUGCGCGCCUAUCCCGUCUCAACAGCAGCAGCAGCAACAGCAGCAGCAGCAGCAACAACAACAACAGCAGCAGCUUCACUCGAGAGCGAAUAUGUAUUACCUGGGUCAAACCGGUAUGACACCCGAGGAGCAGGAGCGGGUUUACCAUCAAGAAGCCGCGGCGGCCGCGCAACAGCAUCAGAUGGCGAUGGCGGCCGCCACGGCGGCCGGGAUGAUCAAGACUGAAGAUGUGAAAUGCGUUACGGUUGCGCAGAUACAGCAGAUGCAGAAACCUGGCGGGCCGCCAACUUCACCUGGAGGAUCGGUGAUGGAUCUCUCUACCUCCAGCGUCACCUCUACUAGUCCGCAGGCGCCUCCUUACGGUUCAAACAGUCUCAGUCCGCAAUACGGAGGAGGACAAACGGUGGGCAGUAGUCCUCAAGCUGCAGCGAGUCCCCACUUGACGGCUAGUCCACAAGUUCCUAGUCCUCAGGGUCAGACUCUCGAUCUUAGCGUCAAUAGACUUCAUAGCGGUGCCCCGAGUCCGCAGUAUUCCACCGGCCACGGAGAAGCCGUCGCGGUUCCAGUAGGGCCGGGUUUCCCCGCGCCACGACCGAUCGAAGAGCAGACCGAGCCCGUUGAUUUCUCAACUGCGAACGAGCCGGUCAAUUUCAGCGGGGGUCCGGGGAUCAGGCCUGUACCCGGGUUUCCGCCGCCUGGAGUGCACGUCACGGCGUAUAGUCGCGAAAGCACGCCCGACAGCGGGGGUUCCCACUACAUAGAUGCCUACCGAGAUCCCACUGGUUACGGACCAAUGAGUCCUCAUCCAGGCUACGGGAUGACCGGCGUUCAACCCGAAUAUCCCGGAAACACGUACACUCCCUAUCCUACUGCAGGUUACAAUUGCGGUGGAACUUACCCGGGUGGUCCAGUGACUUCCGGUUAUCAGAUUCCAGCGGGUUAUACUCCGGCACCCUGCUACAGCAUGCCACCCCCACAGCACACGGUUGGACCCCUUGAUAAACCAUCCGGCAAGGAUGACAGCCUCUCUGGAUGUCCACGAGCCGAUCGCUCGCAAAUCCAGGCGCAUUCCCAGGAGCUCAAGUGUCCUACACCAGGAUGCGAUGGUUCUGGACAUGUCACGGGAAAUUACUCGUCGCACAGAAGUUUAUCCGGCUGUCCACGAGCCAACAAGCCGAAGAGUAAGCCUCGAGAUGGUCAAGAUUCUGAACCCUUGAGGCGGUUUCCGCUCGUUUCACGCUCGCUCUGUGCGGAUGGAUUAUGUGGUGUUGGUGACGUUGGUGGUGUUGGCAUUUUGGACUACAGAUGUCCAAUCCCGGGUUGCGACGGGUCCGGCCAUGCCACCGGCAAAUUCUUGUCGCACCGCAGUGCAUCUGGAUGCCCAAUCGCAAAUAGGAAUAAGAUGCGAGUACUGGAAUCCGGUGGUACGGUUGAGCAACACAAGGCGGCCGUAGCUGCCGCAACGGCCAUGAAAUUUGAAGGUGUCAAUUGCCCCACACCCGGAUGCGAUGGACUCGGUCACAUAAACGGAUCUUUCCAUAGCCAUAGGUCCUUGUCGGGCUGCCCGAUAGCCAGCCACGCCGUGAAGAAACCAAAACCAGAGGAUAAUAUGAGCAUGUACAGCAGAGGAAUCACCGGGUUGGAAGCCGGUGGUCCGGCUCACGGGGGUGCGGUAGGCACGGGUCAGGGUAACUCGAGCGGUAGCGGGACCGCCGGUGCCGGGGGCGAGGAUCUCUACACACUGGAGGCUGAGAUCACGGAGCUCCAGAGAGAGAACGCCCGGGUCGAAUCGCAAGUCUUGCGCUUGCGCUCGGAUAUUACCGCCAUGGAGAAUCAGCUCAAACACGGUGAUAAGGAAACGUCAUCGAUAAGCCAACGCAACAAUAAUCUGACCGAAUACUAUCAGUCGCUGCGCGACAACAUGAUCACCCUGCUGGAGCAAGUGCGAAUACCGAACGCCCCGGGCGGGCCGCAAGAGAAGAUAGGCCACGAGAACUUCGACAGUUACCUGACGAAGCUACAGACUCUGUGCACCGCCGACGGCUACUGCGCCGACGAGAGCAACCGGCCGAUUUACGAGACGGUGAAGACCGCAUUGCAGGACUUCACGGUUCUGCCGACACCCAUCUGAGACCAUCCUUAAAGACCGACGAUCAGAUACUGAACGUCGCUCGGAACUCGCGCGAAGAAACCGAUUCGACGACGGUACCCUUCGUGACGAUACUCUUCGUGGGGAUCGCAGUCAUUCCUUCCUCCCGUUCACACCGGAUGCGAAUGAACGAUGCCCAGCAGCCCUUUCCCUUCCCACCCGAAGGAAAAACUGCGUCGAUGACUGAGCUCCGCGGAUCGGCCUACGGACUUGGGAGAAACCCGACUUCGUGAUGCGCGAUUCUUAUCCGGACGCUGAGAAAUCUGCCAGCGUGCGUCAUACAUCGUCUGCGUGAAUUCCGGACUAUGACGUCAUGCGACGUCAACCGCGAUCACGUGUGACGUAGGUGAAAGUCGUCGUGGCCGGUCGAACAUGAUCGACCGGCGUAUCGUAUGGGGCUGUUAACGCUAGUAAAAAAAAAAAAAAAAAACGCUACAAUAACGGCAUCUAAAUCGGAUAAGAGCUCCACGAGCGUUCAUCCGAGCUAAGCUUAACGGACUAUUAUUACGGGGGCGACGUUGCUCAUAUAGCGCGAUAUCUUUUGUACAUAAUGAAUCUGCGUCAAGAAUCACACGGCGGCCGCUACCGCCACGCAUAUGUACAUACACACAACGGGAGAAAUGCAUUUAUAUAUUAUUCGACAGGUUGGUGGUUAUAUUGCUCUAAGUCGUGUAAAAAAAAAUGAUUAAUUUAGCUGUAUAUCGGACUCUUGCUACACACUUAUCGCUGUGUAACUGUGUUAUUACCGUUUAAGCGAUCAGCGCGCGAUUUACGAGGACCGGUUCACGGUCCACCAAUGACGCUUUUGCUGAACCCUGAAGAUUACUUAUAAAUCAAUUUAUCGGCUAACUAUUUACCAGCUAGUCACACUAUUAUUAUUAUUAUUAUUAUCAUUAUUAUUAUUAUCAUUAUUAUUAUUAUUCUCAUUAAUACUACUACUAUUAUUACUACUACUGUAACUGUUACAACCAGCUGGAUCGUUUUUAGCGACUAAUCCAAUCGUCAUUAUCGCUACCACUACUCUUACUACUGUUAAUAAAGUAUAGUCACGAGUGUAUACCAACGUAUUUAUAUAAUAUUAACGAGUCUACGAGAGAAAUGUGCGACGCGUUGUCCAUAUAGGCUGUACAUAGUCACAGAGAUAUACAAUUACUAUAAGAACAAGAAUCGCUGGCGAUAAUGAGCUGCGAUUUCAGAGGGACGACGAGAAAAACAGAGGGAAAGAGAUGUUCGCGAGGUCGUGCGUGGCUUCUUCAUCAACAGAUGUCAAUCCUAAAUAUUGUCGAAUUUAUGGCUGUCCGAGGUGGAUGAUCGAGCCUCGAUCGUUUUGCCAAAGAGGCAAAGAAGGAUCGAGCUUCGCGUUCCUUCAGUAUACAAUGCGACCAAUUCGGUCGGAGAAUAUUCGUUCGUACGUGCAAUAAUUUCCGAAUGCGUCGCAUUCUCUCCUGUAUAUUCGCGGUUACUUACAUACGUCGUGUACAUUUGCAUCGGCGCAUUAAUUGUUAUUGUUUCGUUAAUCUAUUUCUGUUCCUGUUUAUUAUAUAUGUUUGUUUUGCUAUUGAAACGAGAAAUGCGGGGAAAUUACAAGAAUUUGUAAAUAUAUCGAAAAUUCUUCGCUUUGAGUCAUACGAGUCACCGCUUCUCGUUCAAACUGCAUUAAAAUAAUUUUAUUAUUAUUAUUGUUAUUAUUAUGGUAUAAGUCAGAAACAUCUCCGUUUUGUCGCUGGUUGACUUUUUACACCUAGGUGUAAAUCGAUCGACAUAAAUGCAGAAAAAUUUUAAUACCAUUAACAGUACAAUGCAUAAAAAAUGAAGAACAUGAUUAUAGAUUCCUUGAAAGAAAUAUAAAUAUAAAAAAGUAUCUGUUAAUGGUGUGCUUGCGAAUUAUUAAAAGAUCUACCACAUGUAUUUAUUAAUAAUCAACAUCAGUUGUCCUGCGGAGGACAAGUGCUCCCUAUCAAUAUAUCAUAACAUAUCUCAGAUAUAUUUUUAAUAUUUAUUUCUUACACAUUCUUAUUUCCUUUCACUAAACUCAUCAUCAUAAAAUAGCAGACAUGUCGAUCGAAUAAUCAAUGAUUGCUGACAUAAAACUAUAUUAUGUUAAAAUUAUAUUACGUUCGCUAUACAAUUAUAGAUGAUGUAUAUAAAAAAGAGAAGCAGUUACGAAAGAUUAAUUAAUUGUUUGUCUGAGAGGCUAAUGAGAUGGGGAAAGCAAGAAGGAGUAAAUAUACUUUAACCAAACCACCGUGUAGUGAGAGUAAUAACAAAUUAAAGAUAGUCGAUCGACAAGUACGAAUAAUCUUGACGUUAUAAUUAUUCUUGUCAUUAUCAUUGUCGUUAUAAUUACCAUUGUCAUUAUUAUCAUCAAGCAAUUUUUUUAUUUCGCGUUAGCAUAAUUGGCAAGUAGGAAGGAGGGAGCGAGAAUGAGAAAAAAAACAGAUAAUCAACAAUCAACACUUAUUACAUUUUAACUAUCUUACCUCUUGUUCCGUUCUAAUACGAGUAAUAUAUUGUGCAAUAUUUAUUAUUGAAUCGUCAUUAUCAUCUACUAGUCCCGAUCAUUAAUGCUAUUAUUAUUAUUUCUGUUAUUAUAUAAUAUUAUUGUUUUAUUACUAUUAUUAUGAUUGCUAUUAUUAUGAUUACAACUUAUUGUCACUACUCUCAUUAUGUUUCUGUUACUAUUUCAAUUAUAAUUGUUGCCGUUAAUGAAAAUCUACAAGUAUAUAAGUUCAAUAACAUGCUUUAAGUAAGUAUAAAUGUUACUCCGAUUGAAUAAAGGGUAUUUAUCGAUGAA